AUGAAAUCUCAUGAUAGUUCAAGUCCUUCGGCUCCAAAUGAUAAUGUCACUCCUUCAAAUGUUAGUGAGUCUCAAGCUCCUUCAAAUGCUAGCAUUUCUCUGACUCCUCCCAGUAUUACUGUGACUCAUUUAAAUGCUAGUGUGUCUCCGUCUCCUCCAAAUGUUACUGUGAGUCCUUCAAAUGCUAAUGUAUCUUCUACUCGAAGUGUCCAAUUAGAGGAAAAAGAAUUGAUUUAUGAUGUUGAAAAACUUAAUCAUGAUCCUGCAAAAAGAGACAGUAUAAUGAAAUAUCCUCCAAAUGAGCGAGAUGCAGUCAGGAGAGCAUAUAUUCUUAAAAAGCCUUGUCAGCCAAGAUCUCAUAAAUUUCCUAGAAAAUAUAUUGGAGGUUCACAUCGAUUUAUGCCUUAUUGGUUUGAUAUAUGGGAUUGGCUUGAAUAUAGCACUACAGAAGAUGCUGCAUUUUGUUUUGUUUGCUACUUGUUUAAGAAUGAAGUUGGACUUACUGCAGGGGGAGAUGCAUAUGUGAACAAAGGAUUCAAGUCGUGGAAUAAGCCGGACAAAUUUAUAAAGCAUAUUGGUGGAGUAAAAAGUGCUCACAAUCUUGCUUAUGAGAAAUAUGUGAACUUAAGAGACGGCAAAAAAAAGUCUAUUAUUGUUUCUCUAGAUAAUGCCACCGAGGUGACUAUAAGAGAGUAUGACAUUCGUUUGAAGGCUUCAAUUUCAUGUUUGCGUUAUCUACUACGACAAGGUUUGAGCUUUUGUGGACAUAGAGAAAAUAGUGAAUCCCUAAUAAGAGGAAAUUUCCUUGAACUUCUGAAAUGGUUAAGGGCACACAAUGAAGUUGUUUCAAAGGUGACUUUGGAAAAUGCUCCCGGAAAUUGUCAAUUGAUAUCUCCAACUAUUCAAAAGGAUACUAUCAAUUGUUGUGCUAAAGAAACAACUAAGCAAAUUGUGGAUGAACUAGGUGUUGACUAUUUUGCUAUAUUAGCCGACGAAUCAAGUGAUGUAAGUGCAACUAUAUCAUUGCUUAUGGAACAUUCAUUGACUCCAUCUAAGAUUCGAGGACAAGGAUAUGAUGGGGCUAGUAACAUGAAGGGUGAGAUACACGGACUGCAGACUUUGAUUAUGGAAGAUACUCCAAGUGCUUACUACGUCCACUGCUUCGCCCACCAACUUCAACUGACUCUAGUAGCCAUUGCCAAAAAGAACGAUGAAUGUGCUUGGCUUUUUGAUACGGUUGCAAUGUUGUUGAAUGUUGUUGGAGUUUCUUGCAAGAGAAGCGAAUUGAUUCGCGAAAUUCAAGCACAAAAACUUGCUCAAGCGUUGGAAGUUGACGAACUUGAAACAGGGUCUGGGUUAAAUCAAGAACUUGGAUUAAAGAGGUCCGGAGACACUCGUUGGAGUUCUCACUACAAAACUCUUUUGAAUGUCAUGGACCUAUUUUCAAUAAUUUUUAAGGUUCUUAUGAUUAUUGGGAAGGAUGACUCUAAAUCGGAGGAUAAGUGCAAAGCUCAGAGCAUUUUUUACUCAAUGGAGUCAUUUCACUUUGUUUUUAUGGCACGACUAAUGACUACUAUAUUUGGGUAUACUAACAAUUUGUGUCUUGCUUUGCAAAGAAGGGAUCAAGAUAUUAUUAAUGCUAUGAGGCUUGUCUCUUUAACCAAAUGUCAACUACAGAAAAUGAGGGAGGACGGAUGGGAGAUUCACUUAAACAAGGUAGAUAGAUCCGGUGAUCCCAUGCUCGGGACCGCGGAUGUCAGGUCGCAAGCUCGAACAUGCCCGGAUGACGUUGCAAGCAAGUCCAUGAUGGCUGACGGCGGGUCCAACAAGAAUUCAAAGGCGACAUCUGUGCGUUAG